AUGGAUGCCGAUCUUGGCGACCGUAUCGGACGCCCCCCCCACGCCCCACCAGCCCGCAGCGAGUCUGUCACAGUCACUGCUGUCGCGAUCGCUGGGACCGCUGCAAUCGACCAACUUGACGAUCGUGACCCUGACCUUCUUCACCAGCGCCAGCACCGUCGCCAAACUCUCCAAGCCCACCAAAACAACCACCCGCCUCCGCAGCCGCCGCCAAGGUCGCUGGCGGAAGCUCUCGGCGGCGCCGGCGUCUCGCUCGAUGGAUCCCCAACAGGGUCCGACACCCCGAGCGAGGAGGACUACGACGAAAUCGCGAGACCGACGUUUGCACCCUACGCCCAGCAACGUCCACCCCAACCCCGCAGGCGGAAGCCCGCCGUGCUCGCCUCCUCAGCGCGUUCGCCGCUGGGCAACCCCCCCCGCGACUCCCCUCCCAACGGCGUCAACGUCUUCCCCGACAAUGACAAGGAGAUCCAGAAUUUCCUCCGGCGCGUCGUCCAGAAGGUCAAGGACCCUCAGGCGAAGACCAAGACCCGCUUCAGCGGCCUCGUCUUCACGCACCAGUUCUCCGCCUUUGAUCCGAAAAACGCGGCGGCCGCCAGCAGUCCCUUCCAUGGCUUCUACACCCUCUUCUGGCUCGCCGUUGCCCUCUUCGUCUUCAAGAUCUCGGCCGAGAACUGGAGGCAGUAUGGCACCCCCCUCGGCACCAACGACAUCAUGAAGACCAUGUUUCGCCGUGAUGGCAAGUUGCCCUCCUACACCUGCACCUCUCCAGUCCUGAAGCCUCCGAUCCUCACCUCCUCGACCGUAGUGACAGGCAACGUGCUUGUCCUGCUCCUCUCCGAUGGCGUCAUGUGUGGCCUCACGGGCGUGAGCUGGCUCCUCCAGCAGCUCGUCUUCCACGGCUAUCUCGACUGGGACAACGAUGGCUGGAUCGUCCAGAACAUAUGGCAAACCCUCUUCAUCGCCGGCGUCAUCUCCUGGACUCUCAUCCGCGACUGGCCUUGGACCCACACCGUCUUCUUCGUCCUUCACGGCCUCGUCAUGCUCAUGAAGCAGCACUCGUAUGCCUUCUACAACGGCUACCUGUCGACCGUCCACGCGAAGCGCCUACACCUGCUCUCCAAGCUGAAGCAGCUCGAGAGCACCGACCCGGAUUGCGCCAGCGUCCAGUCUACGGCGCCGCCAACCUCCACCAUCGACACCUCCCACCUCGCCGUCCCGCCCUCGGCCGCCCAGCGCAGACACUCGCUGGCCCAGCUCUCCGGUGCUGUGGAGACGGAUAUCGACCGCAUCGCGCGCGCCGUCGCCUCGGGUCAAUCGCUCGACGACGAGCAGAUCUGCCUCUUCGAGCGCAUCAUCAAGUGGGAGGUGGACGCCCUGGCCGACGAGCUGCGCGGCACCGCCACCGAACCGCACAAGGCGUACCCGAACAACCUGACCUUCGUGAGCCACUACAAGUGGAUUCCGCUGCCGACGGUUGUCUAUGAGCUCGAGUACCCGCGGACCGAAUCCAUCAGCUGGCCGUACGUGGUCGAGAAGUUCGUCGCCAUGGUCGGCAUUCUCUUUGUCAUGAUUCAGGUCUCGCAGUACUCCAUCUAUCCGGUCGUGAUGAAGACGAUUGAGAUGAAGGAGAGCAACAUGACCCUCGGGGACCGCGUCAAAGAGUUUCCUUGGGUGCUGAGCGAUCUCGUCUUUCCUUUCAUGAUGGAGUACCUACUUGUCUGGUAUCUCAUCUGGGAAACCAUUCUCAACAUCCUUGCCGAGCUCACUUAUUUUGCGGAUCGCAGCUUCUACGGUCCCUGGUGGAACAGCGUUUCCUGGGACCAAUUUGCGCGCGACUGGAACACGGUGGUGCACCUGUUCCUACUUCGACACGUCUACCACAGCUCCAUCUCCUCCAUGAAAGUCAACAAGCACGUCGCCACGCUCAUCACCUUUUUUCUCUCGGCCUGCAUUCACGAACUGGUCAUGUGGUGUCUCUUCAAGAAGCUCCGAGGCUACCUCUUGGUCAUGCAAAUGUGUCAGCUACCGCUGGUGAGCUUGAGCCGUACAAGAUGGCUCCGGGGACGAAAGACGUUGGGCAACUUCAUGUUUUGGCUGGGCAUAUUUACGUGUCCCAGCUUGCUCUGCAGUCUUUAUCUCAUUCUUUAG